AUGAAUUAAAUAAUUAAAAGGCAUCUCACAGUAAACCAGAAAUAAUUUAAUGACUUGAUACGCCCCUGUCUGGUCGGAAGGCAUCUGUUUAUACAAUUAUCAGUUAAGAGGCGAGUCAGUGGCGCAUGCUGUUCUUCCUAAAUGAGUCCUUCAUGAACGAUAUUCAUCUGGACUCAUAAUAUAACGACAAAGCAAGAACCCGGAUUAGUCUACAUCUAACAUCCUAACCAGUAAUACGUGUGUUUUCAUUUAAAAACGUCUUAAUUUCAAAAUAAGAUUAAAACUUAAUAUGGAAGGUUUCUACCAAUACAGUGAAAAUUGGGACCAAUUAUAUACAAAGCAGUAUGCACAGUGUCGAAAUAUUGAUCCAGUCCCUAAACAAAGGUAUCAAGCAAACGCCCGUGAGCGAGAUCGUACACAAAACAGCGUGAACAUGGCUUUCAACGCGCUGCGCCUGCUCAUCCCGACGGAGCCUCCAGACAGAAAACUGAGCAAAAUUGAGAUCCUUCGACUUGCUGGCAGCUAUAUUACACACCUUGAUAACCAAUUAUACACAGGAGACAUGGAAAGACCCUGUUUACGAAAUAACGACUAUGAACACAAAAAUACAUCUUUGUGUACCUUUUGUUGGUCUACUGUGAAAAAAGAAAAAUCUUCAACUACAAUGCCAAAUGGAUAUAAUGGAACAUUCUAACUAAGUUUAAUAACAACAAAUAUUUUAUACCAAUAAAAACUAGUCUUGCUCUAUGAUAAGGGAAUAAGGUAUAAAAUAUAAAAAUAAUAUAAUAUACUACUUAUAUUUAAUUAUAAAUGUGUAAAUUAUUUAAUUGAGCAAAAUAUAAUAUAAUCUUAAAUUUAUAACACGCCGUUGAUGAAUUAAAUUCAAAUUUAAAGUUAUUCUAGUCUCCUUUUUUUAAUGUAUCUUUAAAUAGCCCAGAAGUGAAAAAUUUGGAGAGCUUCCUUCCUUUUAUUAGUUAAUUCAUUGCUUUUUUUUAUAUUUUCAACAUACACAAUAACUUUCAUGAUUUAUCAUUCUGAAGUAAUAAAAGG